UAGUAACACCCCGCCCACGAAGGGCUGCCUUGUUCUGUCUUAUCUGAAAUAAGCAAAGCAAAGCUGAAGGACUGUGAUCCCAUUUUUAGGUUGUUUGAUGAUAAUGCAGGAAAACAUGGAAAAAGCUGUGAUACACUUCAUCAUCCUGGGAGUCAUCGCAGGUUUAACUGAAGGAGCUGGUGUGUUGCCAGACGGUCUGAAUGCAGCUGUGGGAGGGAAAGUGAUGUUCACCACAACACUGACUCCAGGAACAACAUUUCAAUCAGUGAACUGGAAAUUUGGUGCUGAAAAUAUAUUUACUUGGAAUGUUAACAACUUCCCUGCACCAGAGUAUGAAGACAGGAUCACUUUUAUCAUGUCUACUGGAUCUCUGGAGCUCAGGAACCUGGCUCGAAAUGACAGUGGAGAAUACUCAGUAACCAUUUUUCUACCUGGAGAACCGCCACAGACAGGGAUCACAAUACUGAACAUAAAAGCACCAGUCUCCAAUGUAACGGUAACCCCCAGCAGCGCAGAGCAGGUGGAGUUCAGCUCCGUCAGUCUGUCCUGCUCCUCCUCUGGAUCCCCUCUCUCUUUCCUCUGGCUGAACAGCAGCUCUGAGGUUACAGGAAGUGACAGAGUUCAGAUCACUGAUAGGAACUCCACUUUAACUAUAAAUAAUGUGACGCGCCACGAUAAGGGACCAUUCAGUUGUCAGGUGACGAAUCUUGUCAGUGAGGGAACCAGUGCUCCACUAACCCUACUCAUCAUCUCACCAGUCUCCAAUGUAAUGGUAAACUCCAGCAGCACAGAGCUGGUGGAGUUCAACAGCUCCGUCAGUCUGUCCUGCUCCUGCUCUGGAUCUUUCCCCUCUUUCCUCUGGCUGAACCGCAGCUCUGAGGUUACAGGAAGUGACAGAGUUCAGAUCACUGAUGGAGGAUCCACUUUAACUAUAGUUGAUGUGACCCGCUACGACCAGGGACCCUUCACGUGUCAUGUGUUCAAUCUUUUCAGUGAGGGAAACAGUGCUCCACUAGACCUCACCAUCUACUAUGGCCCAGAAAAUACUAUUUUAACAAUAUCUCCGACAAAAGAGCACCAUCAGGAAGGAUCAGACAUCAGCCUGUCCUGCUCAGCUGACUCCGGACCUCCAGCCCAGUUUAAGUGGUUUCUGAAUAGAGACCUGCUGUCUGAUGGACCAGAGCUCAAAUUGGUGAACGUUCAGCAAAACCAAAGAGGAAACUACAGCUGUCAGGCCUUUAAUGACAACACUCUGAGAUAUGAAACGUCUCAGCCUUCAGUUGUUUCUGUGG